AUGGACGGUUUAUCAAACCAGGGCUUGGGUCGCGCGAAUAGUGACCAGAUCGUCGAGAGUAACGAAAACAUCGACCUUGGCAACCUCCCACGAUUGAAUGACCCUACCGACUGGGAGCUAGAGCAGCUAGAGGAACAGCAACGCCGCGGAAGCAGUCUCCAAGUAGCAAACUGGCUCCAUCAUCAACCAAAUUCUCAGCCAUCACAGAACACCUUUAUCACUUCCCGAUCUCUACCUCAACGCCAACUUGAUAACCAAAGAGUUAUUGGCCGUGUCGAUGAUGUUCUCCAAGGAGGCCGCAGGCCAUCAACUCAGGCAAUUGGUACACCAAGUACGACGGGUCCGCACAAUCGGUUCUUCAUCCUAUCGAACAAUGUUACAUCCAUUGAUGAACGAUUGAUGCAAAGACCUAGGCCUUCAUCACAAUCUUUUCUGCCAUUUGGUACCCCUUCCGACAGACAAAUAAGAUAUACCGACAAUGGUAAUCAUGACGAAGGAAGACCUCCAGGCUUAGCAACACCUCAAGGUUCUUCAGCUUUCACUACUCCAUCUGGACCGCAUACGCGUGGUACUUACAAGCAAUCACCCGGUCCGGAAUCCCAACAGACAGCUUGGUCGGUAGCCGGCACAGACACAUCUUCAGGCUCGAGGAAAGUGCCUAAGCGCCAAAACAGUCGCUCAACUGACGAUGAAGCGACUGGCAAAUAUCAACACGCAAAGCGGUACAGGUCAGGACAAAAGAGCCAAUCGGUACACCGUGCAUCUGCAGCGUCAUCUGGUUCUUCCAGACUUCCCCAGCAAGGCACAAGUGUGCCACUGCAAACCAUCGAGGAUACACAAGAGUCUCAACGGCAGACUCGAAAUCUGCAACCAUUGUCAGCUUCCAGUGGAUCAAAUUCAACCAAUGUUCGGAAAGACGGUCUUGUACGUGGGCGCCCAAACAAUUUGGUCACGCCUGAGGAUUUUAUAGGCGCUUGCGAGACAUGUUUCUUCUGGCUAUUCGAGCCAAAGCGCUUGUCGUCUCCUGAAAGGCAUGCAUGCUCAGGCCGCAAGGAUGAAAUAUCACACAUUGUCACCCACGCCGCCGAUCAUCAUGGUCUUAUUCGUGGAAAAGAUCCAUACUAUACUGCUCGCAAAUACCUGACAAGUUGUCAAACUUUCGACCCUUUCAUCAAAGCGAAAGGAAACUGUGGCAAAUGUGACUCAUUGCACGAGUGGCAGGGACAGGAUUUCUCAAAUCAAGAGCAUUACGGCAAUGCCCUCUGCUUGCGAUGCUGGCGCACGUUUGAUAAGAAGGGCAUGCAAGAUCAUAUGGUUGAACCAUUAUGUGAUUACAAUGCGGAGCAACCAAAGGAGAAGAAAGUCUAUAUUCUAUACACCACCUUCUGUUCGGUUACCGUAAAGCCCAGCGGACCUCCUAAAAACAUGCCACCACGCAAGUCCAACUAUCGAAGCCUGGCAAACAAGUACAAUCGCACCAACCCGAGACAGCCAAACAACAACAACAACCAGACACAUCGCCGGCCCGCCACGGAACAGCCCACUCGCGAUCUUCGCCCUGCUGCAUCAAAGGUAUCCCAUGGACAGGGCAAAGCAAAGGCACCUUCGACAUCCACAGUCUCUCCAGCGACCCAGAACCGGCCACGGGCAGAGAGGCCCAACCAGUUUCCUCAACAAGCUACGAGAAAUCCACCGAAUCUACAUGCGGCGCCACCACAUCCUUCAUCAUGGCAGCAACCAAGUGCCCAGCAACCUUCCCAACCGCCAAUUGUCCCGAUGAUAUAUAACACCUCACCAGAGCUUGUCGCAGGUAUGGUGAAGAAUAUGCGAAGAAACGGGAUUCAGGAGGUCACUCAAUCUCCCUACUCGCCAGUGAGCCAAGCAACUUCCUUUGGAAGUCGGCAAGGUGGAUCUGCCGGUUACAGUUUUCAGUCACAACAAGCGCAUCCACAACCUCAGACUCAGGCACAGGCACAGAGCAUGCUUCCCCCUUCUUACCCCUACUCGAGUUGGCAGCCAUCAUUCCAACAGACUCCUUCGCAAGCAUUCUCGCAGGACCCAUCUCAAAAUGGCGAUUUCACCCUGCUUCAACCUGCAUCUACACAAAGCAACUUGUCACAACAGCCUUUUGAUACAUUCUUGAUGCAUAAGACGACUACAAGCGAUCGCCAAGGAUCACUGUCCCAGGUUCAGUCCACUGCUUCAAGGGUGCCAUCUACCGCUGGCGAAUCCAUGGGGCUCAUGCAACGGUCACCCAAGGUCGAGGAGAAACUGUGGCUGGAUCAGCAGUAUGAUGAUUUGAAUGAUAUGAACUUUGACCACAUGGGGUCUAACCCCGAGCUUCGAGUCACUGUCGAGAUGGUCGAGACUCAAUUUCAUCAACCAGAAGAAGGGCUUCAGGAUCUGAAGCCCGACGGUCAAAUAUCGUCCUUGCUCCGCAGUGCUCUAGAACAGGAUUCAGGUUACCGCACCCAAUCAGGGAUAUUCGAUGGGGACCCAAACACCAUGUUCAAAUAA